AUGGCGUUGCCGGUGCGGGUGCUGGUGUUGCUGCCCGCUCUCCUUGCCGGACUCCUGUCGUGUCCCGGAGCCGUCGCCAGCUUCCCGCCUGACUGCAACAAGUAUGGUCUUCCUGGAUGUACCAGGGACUACAAUCCAGUCUGUGGGACUGAUGGAAAGACCUACGCAAACGAGUGUGUGCUCUGCCUUUCAAACAGUGAAGAUAAAAAGGACGUCCAAAUUUUCAAGACUGGAAGAUGCCGAUAUGGCAGAAGAACACUUUUCAAGAAAAUGAAAGGGGCACAGACAGUCCAAAUGGAAACAAUGCCUUAA